AUGCGAUACAAGCAAUCCACACAAAUUCGUGAUAGUCUAUAUCGCUUAUGGUCAUACAUUCUGGGCACUCUGGCAACAGGAACGAAAAACUGGAGGCUUGUGAUCGGGCGCGUUGGAAGGAUUGGUCAUGGCGAGUUCAAAUUGAUAUCAGAAAAUAGUACCAUUUAUAGCACUUCACCUCAGAUAUAUCGCACUGGUUGUUUUGUUUUGCUACAGGAAACUCCGGGGCUGUUGUCGGCUUGUUUGGUGAGUCUGGAGCCUGAAGCGCAUCUUCGUGUCUUCCCAUCAUCAUUCCAACACGACGAGCGAUUUCUGAAAAAUGCCCGAUAUCGUACGUUGACAACACCGGAUGAUGUUAGCUGCACACAUAUUCUGGUCUUCCCGACAAGUCCUGAACUAAAUGUUUGUUGCUCAGUUGAUAUUAUUUCAAAUUUCUGCAUUCGAUUAGUUUAA